CAAACUGCUCGGAAUGAGGUGCAAAACCAAAGACAACCAAUUAAAAAACCAAAUUAUGGCAAAAAGGCAAAAAAACGUGGAGUUGCAAACUGCAGCGAUUUCGCAUAAAAGACGUGGGCGUCGUGGAGUUGGACAUACUUGCCUUCGAUCCAGCAAUCCGAGCGGAGUUAUCCACCGACCAAACACACACACAUCAAGAUGCGCGUCCUUAUUGCUCUGUGCCUUGUGGCUGUUGCCAGUGCCAGGAGUGGCUACAACUACCAGCCGGCUGCCUCGGCGCCCAUUGCCACCUCUUUUGCUCCCUCGGGAUCGAGUUACUCCCCCGCGGUGGCCGCCAGCCAGGAUGCCCCCGCCGAGACCUAUGUGCCCGUUGCCGCCCCGGAGGCUGCUCCCUCCGCUCCCGUGGCCACCAGCUAUGCCGCUCCCCAGGCCGAGCUGCAGAAGGAGUUCUUCACCUACACCGCCGACGAGCAGGACUUCAACGAACCCGCCGGCUCCGAGCAGGCCUCCAGCUCCUUGAACCGCGCUCUGCGCGUGAUCUUCAUCAAGGGACCCGAGAACACUGGCCUGGAGAACGCCGCCGUGGCUCUGGCCAAGCAGGCCGGCCAGCAGGAGACCGCCAUCUAUGUGCUGAACAAGCAGGCCGACAUCGGGGAUCUGAGCAACAAGCUGAACGCCAUCCGCAACAACCACAACAACAAGCCCGAGGUGCACUUCGUCAAGUACAGGACCAACCAGGAUGCCGUGAAUGCCCAGCAGACCAUUCAGUCGCAGUACGACCAGCUGGGCGGAUCCUCCACCAUCCAGAACGGAGGCGUGGCCCCCGUCCUGAACUUCGCCUCGCAGCCAGCUGCCCACCAAGUGGCCGCUCCCUCCGCUCCCGGCAGCUCCUACCUGCCCUCUUCCGUCCUGCGAUUCCGCCAGUAGGGCAUCGAACUGCUGACCCAUGACCCCAUCAACGAUUCCUACGCUUCCAUGUUGCCUAGUUUGUAAAUCUUUCGAAUUUCAAAA